GCCCUUCCAGACCCAUAGGUGAGGUGGGUGUCCCACAGCAAGGCCCAGGGGCAAUGUGGGGUGACCCAGUCAGGCCAGAGCAUUCCCAGGGCUGAGUUUCCCCCAGCACUGGGGAAACUGGUGGGCGAGGGAGUCCCUGGUGCUCUCCCUGCUUCUUCCUGAAUUGCACCCAGCAAAAGAAGCCUCCUCCGAGUUCAUGCAUAAAAGAUCAAUGGAAAUGGUAGUGGCUGCUGAAUCCCCCAGCAGAAGGUGCAGCCAGAGGUCUGGAGCUGGGCAUGAAGAAGCUGUGAUGCAAUUCUGUGUCAAGUUUUAUUUUAAGAAUAGCAUUGCCAUAUGGCUGGCAAUGAAAGGACCAUGCUCAUUUUCAGGCAUCUCAAUCAAGAAUAUCAUUGUUCUCAUCCCUAUUUAAGGCCUCUUGGGACUCCCCAAGAGGAAAAAAACCCUCCAGUAAACGUCAAAAGCUCUGAAAAAUCAGCCCAUGAGUUCGUCUUGUGUCCCCAGCGGGGCAACCUGGAGCAGGCCAGGCAGCUCCUGGCUGUGGGCCACUGGACUUUGCUCCUGAAGAGCCACGAGGGACAAUCUGCAACGUCAGAGAGCAGGAGAAAGGUGAAAUGGCCCAGCCUGCAUUUUUGGCCCAACCCCGGAGCCGCAGCCGAGGAGCGGGACGCAGCAACCCAGCCCCAUCUCCUGCCAGGAGGGUCCUUCCACCCCAGAGCAAACACAUGUGGAAGGUCUGAGGCCUCUCCCACCUGUGCCUGGACACCAUGGACGCGGAAGCCGUGCAGCCCCAGGAGGCUUCGCUGACGGUCAACGAGCAGGUUAUUGUCAUGUCCAGCCACGAAACUAUCCGAGUGCUGGAGGUGGGUGUGGACACCCCGCUCCCCGCCGAGGAGGACCAGAAACCCUUGGAGAUUCCCCCAGGGGAAGGGGCACAGGGAGAGCCCAGCCCGGCGGGCAGAGCGGAGCCCGAGCCCAGCACCCAGAGCCCCUGCAGUGAGGAGGUGCCUGGCAAAGCCAAACCAGCAGCCAGAGCCUCCCCCUCCACCAUCCCCUCCGGCGGCACCUUCAGCCACCCCACGAGCCAGCACCCUCAGACCUUGGCCCCGCUGGCCGUGCAAGCCCCCCCGCAGGUCUUGACUCAGGAAAACUUAGCAACAGUUGUGACAGGAGUAAUGGUUCCAGCAGGGACAGUUACUCAACCUCUUCUUAUCCCCAUCAGUAUUGCAGGUCAAGUGGCAGGUCAGCAGGGGCUGGCUGUGUGGACAUUUCCUACAGCAACGGUCGCUGCCCUUCCCGGAUUGACGGCGGCUUCUCCUACAGGGGGAAUUUUCAAACCACCUAUAGCCAAUUUGCAAGCCGCCGUGCUCAGCACGGCCAUCGCGGCUCCGGUGCCGCCCGCCCCGCCGCUGCAGGCUGCGGUCCAGCCCCGGGCCCCCCUCCAGCCCCCCGGCGUCUUCCCCGCCGCUCCCGGCCAGCCCCCCAUCCUGCCACAGCCCGCAGCAGCGCCCGCGCCGCCCGUGGCCAAGCCCUUGGAGCCGCAGACCCAGAUCACCGUCCAGCCUGCGGGAUUUGCCUUUAACCCCGGCAUAAUCAGCGCGGCCUCCCUGGGGGGCCAAGCCCAGCUCCUCGGCUCCUUGGCGGCCGCCCCCGUGAUCGCCAACGCCAUCUCCAGCGUGCAGGGCAUCACGGGCCAGAUCCUGACCAACGCCCAGGGCCAGGUGAUUGGGACCCUGCCGUGGGUGGUGAACCCCCCCGGGGUGGCAGCUGCCCCUGCCCCGGCUGCUCUGCCAGCUCAGAACCUGCAGGUACAGGCGGUGACGCCGCAGCUGCUGCUUAAUGCCCAGGGCCAGGUGAUCGCCACGCUGGCCAGCAGCACCAUCCAGGCGGCCACCGUCAAGAAAACCAGCACCCCUGAGCCCCCCGUCAAGAACGAGGUCCAGCCCAUCCAGCCAGCUCCAGCCCUCUCCCAGCCGGCCGUGGUGAUGGCAAACCCUGCCCCGGUGGCCAAGGCCUCCUCCGUGCCCGUCCCCAUCACCUGCACCGAGACCCCCACGGUCAGCCAGCUGGUCUCCAAGCCCCCAGCUCCCAACAGCAGCGCGGAGGAGGACGGGAUCAACCUGGAGGAGAUCCGGGAAUUCGCCAAGAACUUCAAGAUCCGCCGCUUGUCCCUGGGGCUGACGCAGACGCAGGUGGGACAGGCCCUGACGGCCACCGAGGGACCUGCCUACAGCCAGUCGGCCAUCUGCAGGUUCGAGAAGUUGGACAUCACCCCCAAGAGCGCCCAGAAGCUGAAACCGGUGCUGGAGAAGUGGUUGAGCGAAGCCGAGCUCCGUAACCAGGAGGGGCAGCAAAACCUGAUGGAAUUCGUGGGGGGGGAGCCCUCGAAGAAGAGGAAGCGCCGAACCUCCUUCACCCCCCAGGCCAUCGAGGCCCUCAACGCCUACUUCGAGAAGAACGCCCUGCCCACGGGCCAGGAGAUCACCGAGAUCGCCAAGGAGCUCAACUACGACCGCGAAGUCGUUCGCGUCUGGUUCUGCAACCGCCGCCAGACCCUCAAGAACACCAGUAAACUCAACGUCUUUCAGAUCCCCUGAAGGGGGGGGCAGGGAUGGGGAUGUGUGUGUGUGCCCCACCCCCCCCCUCACCCCCGCUGCCCACCCCGAACCUCCUGCCAUCAGCACUUUUUUUGCCACCGGCUCUGUCCCCCCGGCCCUGCGGUGGGUGCGGGGGUCUCCGCCCUCCCGCCGUGCCUGUAGGUGUGUCCGUGUGUCCGUCUGUCCCCUUUUCUUCUGCAUCACACAUGACCUAAGCAUGUUCGUGUCGGGUGUCACGCCUGCCUCGUGGCUCCUCUCGCCUGUGACGUGCCUGGCGACAGACCCUCUGCCUGUACACGCUGCCUGUCCUGGCCCCCCAAGUGUUGCAUAACCCCC